AUGUCUAUCGUUACAGAAGUGGAGGGAAGCGGGUACCAUCACAAUAACAACAACAAAAGCCGUCAGGAGAGAAGUCGAAGUGGGUGUGAGGCGGUGGAGGCUAAACCCCUACCUUCAAAUGUCCAAAUCACCCCCUCAACAAGUACGCAACAUUCUUCCAUCCAAUCCUUUGGCGAAGAUGAUAGUGGUGUACCGAUACCUGAUUACACAUUCUAUCAAAAUCCCCAUCAGCUUCAUCAACAUUCCCAGCAUCACCACCAAUCGUGGUGCCUUCCAGAGGCGGGAGUUAUUUUCUAUCCACCACACCCACUACCACACCUACAACUACAACCACAGGCACCUUCACACCCGUUACAAACAACACCAGAGUCAAUAGCAUUCUACGGUCAACAAGGAGAACGCACGGAACCCACGCAUUGUACUGAGAGUCGGAUUACUCAGAGAGGACGGUCUAAGUCUAGUGGAAGUUCUAUUGAUGCACCAUGGGACAUUAAAGAUGGUGUUCUGCCCGUGGUAACCACUUUCGAUCCCUACGACCUCUGGCCGGAUGGUAACUGUCGACGCAUCUACUCUGUGUCAAGUGAGCGAGCAAGAAGACAUCAGAGCGGAUGGGCGAUGAGGAAUACCAAUAAUCACAACCCACAGGUUCUUAAAAAGUCGUGUCUUGGUGUUCUUGUCUGCUCCCAAGGAUGUAUCACCUCUAGUGGCCAGCCUGUCGCCUACCGACCCGCCAUCUGCGACAAGGCGCGCAAAAAACAGUGCAUGCGUAACUGCACAACUCCGGGCUGCAAGGGUCGCUUGGUACAAAAGAAUUGCAAAGGCCACGGGGGCUAUCCAGUGACACAUUUUUGGCGGUUCUACAACGGGGCGGUCUUCUUUCAGGCCAAAGGUCGCCACGACCACGUUCGACCCACAACAAAGGCGCUCAGCUCGAGUGCUACCGCAGCUGCAGCCGCUGCUGUUGAAUCGGGAAAAGCAAUCGUGGAGGAGUCGACUUCAGCUUCACAACGACGCAAAACUCGACUGCCCACGCCGUCUAAGAUUGCGUCAAUGUGUGGUGAUCACGACUUUAGCACGAAAAUCAUUUCAACCAUUCAAAAUGAGGCCGUUAAACAUGAUUCCAACCAGCUCAUCCAAGACUCCACCUUAGAGUACCGACAGCAGCACGAACACCAACAGCACCAACAAGCUUCAGAACUUGAAACGCUGUUACUCCAUCAACAAAACCAACAGCUCAUCUUUCAACCCAUUGAUGAAGUUGCUCAGUCUGAGUUCUUCUUCCCUACCGAACAACGACAGCAUUCUACUUUAGAAUACUUCAUGCCGAGUGAUCAGUCCCUUUUAGAACCAUCACCUUUCCCUCCAACUCAGGGUUCCUUUCAGGAGAUUCCACAACCAGAUGAUCAGUAUGCCUACACAUGGCGACCACCAGCGCCACAAACUUCUACCGAGGUUGACUUUCUUGACCACCAACACCUUCAGCAGGAAGGUCAUCAACACAUUCAACAAGAGCAUCAGCAACAACCAUAUUUAGGAAUGCUGUUUGCAGGCUCUUGUACUACUUACAAUACAGACGGAUUUGAGCAAUACACAACGGUUCCAGGAAAUAGCGGAAGCACGGACGCAUCGACACCUGGAGGUGUGGAAGGAGAAGCGAAUCCCUAUCCAUUAAUCUUUGAUCCGUCUGCAGUGGACUGGACCACCAGUACAGUACAACACAGCCAAAAUCCCCAUCAUCUUCACCACCUCCACCAGCAACAGCAGCAGCAACAACACCAACAACAGCAGCAAGUGGUGGUUGAAGAGACCGCUCAAAUACAACAGCAGCAAAUGGAUCAACAAACGUGGUUUCUUAACCCCCAUCUACCCUGGAAGCCGGUAGUUGGGAGUUGA